CAGAAUCCAGAGUGAUCCAGAGAGUUGGCAAAAUGUCAUAUUGUAGUGAUUGCAGGUCAGAACUACUGCUGAGUGUAUAGCCCUAAGUAAGUGACUAAAAAGUACAAACGAGGUUCAAUAAGACAAUUAGUUGUGAUCAUCAAUGAACUCACAUCAAUUUACAAAGCAAAAGUGACUAAAGCAUUAAUUUAUUACAACCAUGCAAUCAGACGCUCUAAGCUUUGCUCCUCUGAGGCCACUGGAUGACUUUCUUUUGGAUUCAGCUAGAUUCCAAUUGCCAGAUGUUAAUGAUAUAGAAAAAUGGGGCAAAAGGGUCUCCAAUAAUUUGCUCUAUUAUCAAUCAAACUACUUUUUGAUGUCAAUUCUAAUUAUAAUUAUUUUCACAGCCAUACAUCCAACCAAAAUGAUCACAGGCUCAUUCUUAUUAUUUGCCUCAUUCUUCAUAAUAUACUAUAUGUCCAGGGAUGUAAAACUUGGUGGUAACUUAUUCAGGAAGAAUCCAAUGAUAAUAUCAUUGGUUAUCUUCUCACUAGGAUACUUUUUACUGAGCAAGAUGUUAGGGUCUUUGUUGGUAUUCUUGCUAGGCAUUCUGAUUCCAAUUUGCUUGUCCUUCAUCCACGCCUCGUUACGCAUGAGAAACAUCAAGAACAAGAUUGUCAAUAAAACCGUCGCCUUUAAGAACUCUCAAACGCCGAUGGGAAUCUUUCUCAGGGAUAUGGGAAUUGAGUUCUUGUUUUCAGCUUUCAAAGAGCAAAGUCAGGUGAAGCAUUCCAAGGAUUAAAGGGAUUAUUAUAUUUUUUUGUUUCAAUUUAAAUACAUAUAUUUUAUUUU